GCAGGCGGACAGCCGCCUCACAGCUUCACUUUGAACACUUCAGUCUACAGAUCCUUGAGUCAAACUCAUGUGUGUCACCAUCAGCGAUUUAAGCGAUAUCACAAAAACAGUAGAUGUGAUAUAGUCCGGUCAGUUUUGGAUUAGGUGUGUUAAUCCUGCACUGGGAUUCAAUCUCGUUGUGUUUGGCUGAAGAAGAUGAACGGCUGCAGAUGGCAGAUUAGGGACUUUCGCGAAAAUAAUCACGCGUCCAGGCAGUCUGGGCCAGCUGAAGUAUUCCUAUGAAGUCCCUUUGACAUCUUUUCGGCCCCUCGGCUUCUUCCGGUGGCACCAGCAGCAGGAAUAAGGGAUGUCACAAGUAUUCCUUCUUCUGAGUCUGCUCAGUUGCUCAUCUUGCAUCCAGGUGUCAUCUGCUAUGUCCCUCAAAACCUUGAUGGAAAGAUGGUUGCUGUACCGAGACGAAUGCUUUCGAAAUAUUAGCAGAGAGCCACCACUGGCAGGUGUUGUGUGCAACAGAACGUUUGAUAAGUUUGCCUGCUGGCCGGAUGGGCUGCCGAAUAGCACAGUGGGUGUGGCCUGCCCCUGGUUCCUGCCCUGGCAUGAAGAGGUUCAACAUGGGCUGGUGUAUCUGGAGUGUGAUGCAGACGGACAGUGGAGUAAACAGAGGAACGCCAGUGAAUGUGUGUCACGUGACCCCACCCAAAACGUGCCACACUAUGGAAGAAUUCUCAGUCAAUUUCGGACGAUGUACACUGUCGGAUAUUCUCUGUCUCUCGGGGCCCUGGUGCUGGCGUUGGGCAUCCUGGUGGCAUUUAGGAAACUGCACUGCAUGAGAAACAACAUUCACAUGAACCUCUUCGCCUCUUUUAUCCUGCGAGCCUCUUCUAUUCUCAUCAAAGAUGCCAUGCUGGAAAGACCCGACUCCUUUCAUGUUGGUCAGGACAUCACCACUGAGCUGGAGGUGGAGUGGCUGGUUAAAAACGAGACGGCCGUUGGCUGCAGAGUUGCUGUGGUGAUGAUGCAAUACAGCAUCCUAGCUAACAACUAUUGGUUGCUGGUGGAGGGAAUCUAUCUGCACAGCCUUCUGGUGGUCACGGUGUUAACAGAGAGGAAUUACUUCGGCAUCUACCUGUGCAUCGGCUGGGGUGCACCUUUGAUAUUCGUGUUGCCGUGGGUGAUCGUGAAGUACAUCUAUGAGAAUGAAGAAUGCUGGGUACAGAACAUACACAUGGAGUACUGGUGGAUUAUUCGUUCUCCAAUCCUGUUGGCCGUCCUGAUUAACUUCUUCAUCUUCAUACACAUCAUUAAGAUCCUCGUGUCCAAACUGAGGGCGCACCAAAUGAGAUACUCUGACUACAAGUUUCGACUUGCUAAGUCAACCCUCACCCUGAUUCCAUUACUGGGGAUCCAUUCUGUCCUGUUUUCAUUUGUUACUGAUGAGUCUACCUCACGUGGUGCUUUACCCCUGCGCCUCACCAAACUCUUCAUUGACCUCUUCUUUAACUCCUUCCAGGGGCUGUUGGUUGCCAUCUUAUACUGUUUCGUUAACAAAGAGGUUCAGUCUGAGAUUUUAAAAAAGUGGAGACGUUGGACGCUCGGGAGAGACAUCGAGGAAGAGUACCGCCACACGUACAGCCAGACCCUUCAGAUGAAGAGCGGCAGCAUCGUGGUCCACCCCUCCAAUCUGUCCCAACUGCCCGACAUCACCAGCACCACCUCUCGCCUCUGCAGUCCAGAGGAGAAACAGUUGUUGGUCUCCAGCAGUCAGAACGGUGGACAGGGAUGUUUGGGGUUCACCUCCCCGCCACAAAACAGCUCCACUUGCAGUUCAAUAAUAGAUGACAUGGCAGUAGCGGACAGAGCGCAGUGUCUCGGCGCUCCGCAGGGCAACGCCGAAAGCAACCUGUGAGCUGAAGAAGGUGAAGAUCUUUAACCCAAACACUCUCGCUUAGGUGGAGCGAGACGUGUGCGUUUUCUGUGUUUGUGUACCCUGUGUGAAUACGUGACAACCCUUCCAAAGCUCAGUAGGAAACUUGGGAUGGACAGCUGUCUGACAUUUCGUGGUGCUCAGUUGACCCUGUUCCUGACAGGAUCGGUAAUGUGAAGGUGGACAUGUUUUAAGGAUUUACCCAAGUCUUACGUCUAGUCUUGUAAAGUUUUUUUGUGCUAUUGGUGAUUCAAAACGAAGACUCGUCUGGACAAACCAUGCAGGGUCCAAAAAAACUACCACUGCCUUUGACCAAUGGAAUAUCGGAGAUCUACUUAACUCGACUGGUAAAUUUUUCCAGAAAAUGUGAGGUUCGCUUCAACGAAAAAGAAACACAUUGUCUGCUAAAAUGUAAUACCAGCAUGGAUUUCUGUUUUUGGUUCUGGUUUAGGUCUAUUUAAGCUAGCUAUGACAUCAGCACAACUGCAACAUGUUGGGGACUGGAUUUAAACACAACAUAUACUGGUGACCAACAAUGCUGGUCUUUUUAACAGGGUCCUGCUUUUCAUCAUUGAAACAAUUAAAGCUGUUUAUGUUUAGUUUAACGGAAGCGAUCGUAUGCUGCGUACACACCAAACGCAAAGCAUCGUGUUCUUUAUUCUAGAUUACUUGUGUGAUUUAACUUUGUGUCAUGCACAUUUUUUCGUUUUGAAUUUGCGCAAAAAUGCAUUUGAGUGGAAUUACACUAGUUUUCGCGAGUUCGCGUCUAUUUGUGUCUUCGCAUUGACUUUGUAUGUAAUCUAAUCGCGCAAAUCGUUAAAUUCGCGUUUGGUGUGUACGCCCCAUUACAGUUGUUAAAUAAUUGCGCAAAAACGCAUUUGAGGGGAAUUGAACUAUAGUUUUCGUGAGUUUGCGUCUAUUUGCGUCUUUGCAUUGACUUUGUAUGUAAUCUAUUCGCGCAAAUCAUUAAAUUCGCGUUUGGUGUGUACGCCCCAUUACAGUAGUUAAAUAAUUGAGGAGUUCAGAUGCAAAGCCUCGUAACUGUCA